AUGUCCAUCUCCCUGCCGCCACGACCAACGGCCACCACCUCCCCCCCGACGGCAGCGGAACACUAUGCCGCGCUCUCGGCCCUGCACACACACUACCGGGCCCUCGUCGCCGCCGAGCGCGACACCAUGGUGCGCGAGCGCCAGCUGUGGGAGGACGAGCGGAAGCUCUACGUGCGGCGGAUAGAAGAGCUGGAAGCCUCGACGACGACUGCCGGCCCGCCGCCACCCGCUCCCACCCAGCCCGUCGAGUGGUCGCCACCUGCCCACCAGCCCCCAACGCGGGACUGGGCUCCACCACCGUACAUCGCCGCCGCCGCCGCGGCUACGAUCGCCGGGUCACAACAGCAGCAACAGCAGCAGGAGAACUCACGCCCCGUGCCGCCCGCACCGCAACCGCCGCCGCCGCCUUCACAACCCGCCGCCACGACCAACAACAGCAACGCCAACAACAACGCCACCUCAAAACCGGUCCUAGCCCUCGACGAAGACGACGAGGACGACGAGAUCUCGCCGGAGGAGAUGGCGCAGCUGCUGCGCGAGGCGACACGGAUCGUGUAUCCCAUCAGCCAUGCGCGGCCGCGGGGCCGGAGUCUGGCGGAGCCGGCACACGGCGGCGCGGCUAGGGGUCGCCAGCCAAAACCGCAUCAUGAGAGUGAGCCCGAGGAGGGCAGCGGCGAGGAGGAGGUCGAGCUUAAGCUCAAGAAGACGAGUAAUUUUGGGAUGGACUUUGGGAAGUGGCGGUAUUGA